UAUUUUAGGUGUAAGCAGAUUGCUAUAGGUUACAAUGAACGAGGUUUUAUGAAGUAUCAGAAGGUCGACUUUGAUGAAGCCAUAGCAGAUUAUAGCAAAGCCUUGUCAUAUGAUAGCAGCCUCUAUUUUACCUACUAUAACAGGGGCCUUAUACACUAUAGGCUUGGUAGAUUUGAGGAAGCUAUAUCCGACCUGAAGGAAGCCUUGAGUAUAGAACCUGAUUUUGAGCCGGCCAAACAGUGCCUGAAACAAGCCAAAGUUGACAAACAGUCCAAAGCUGAACAUGACCAAGAACAGAAACCUUUACCGGAAACGAAAGACGCCUUUAAAGGGCCGCUAUCGAGUCAAGAUGAACAUGUUACCUAGACAAACCAAUUAUAGUUAGAUUUAAACUAAUUGAAAUAGAGUCAUGGGCAUUUUACUCUUAGGUUGUUUACCUUUUGACCGUCUGCUCAUAGACUGUGAAUAAGGGUGGGGUGAAGAGGGAACAUGGGAGUUUGAAAGGGUGGGAGAUAGAAUAAUAAAAAAAAAAGGUCUAUGACCUUUAACCUCUGGUACUUUAUUUUUGUCAAUCAGAGGUCUGAGAGAAUGUAUUUGUUGUUAAUUUGUCUGUAUGUUUUGUUUUUCUUGUCAUGUUUACAUGUACGUCAGGCUAUGAGAAAUGUUGUGCUAGAAUUGUUAUUUUAAUUCUUCGACAGAGUGACAAUUGUUUGUGUUUGCCAUUCUUGCUAGUAAUUCU